CCUUUCCCGAAGUUUCUUUAUUGUACUAGACUAAACGUGAUACUAACAAAAAAAUUAUAAAGUAAAUCCUCAUUCUGAUUAAGAUUAUUCAAUUUAUCGAGUGGAAAUAUCGCCAAUGGCAACCGUUGCUAUUUAAUAUUAAAUAUCAACAAAUAAAGCUCUUGUCAUCAUAGUCGGUGCAUUUAUUGUGGUCGAGGAAAAGUACAAUAUUCACAAGAUGGAUUUUGAUCACGAAUCUUCAAAAAAGGGGUCUAGAGCUACAGAAUCGACCUUAGACGAUUUGUCCAAGAUGCUCGACAGUCCCGCGCAGAAAGUGAGCAACAAAUACGUCUGCACACCCCCAGAAACGUUUACUCGAAAACCUGAUACAAUUCCUUUUCACGUUCCGCAUAAAAAACUUCUUGAGAAAAUCGAAUAUCAAAAACCAAUCCCCGAACCACUGACUGGUUUCGAUGAACGACAGCAAGCUAUACUUAGGAGAAGGAGAAGAAGAGAAAAAAUUUCACAAGAGAAAGAUGAAGGAGAAACAGCCGCGAAACUAAAAAAAGGAGGCGUUCGUUUCAUCGGAGAAGAAGCCGAAAGCGAGUCUAAUACGGAAUCGAUUUCGACGGGGGCGAGCGAUAUUGUUUUGCCUCAUCAUAAAGUAAAGGGUGUUGUUAAGCAAAAAGACCUGAUAAAUCAAAUGCGAAACACUGUCGACGGAUCGUUUGUCUACAUGGUUUACGCCGUUCCCAGGUCGUCAGAAAUGUUCACCCCGUAUGCCUUAAAAUUAGUAGAAUACGAGAAUGUGGAAAAGACGAACUUUUUGACGAUGAGUUCGCAUGGCGUGACUCAGUUUAUUUGUGGAGAAAUGUCCUUCACUAAUUUAAACAAAUGGGAAGAGGAAUACGACACGUAUUGUCGUUUAAUGAGAAUCAAAUCGUUCUUUUAUUUUCGAAUGUGGAAAGCGUAUUACGUUUGGCGAAAAGGAAUAAUUUUUCGAAAAUAUACUUCUGCAAGGACCGCUUUAGAAGGCAAUCUUUUUUACACGAACGCACAUUUACGAGAAGCACUCCUCAACAUACAAAAUAUGUGCUUCACAAUGAUCGAAACCAAAUUCUGCGAUCUCUCCAUUGUAGACAACUUUUACCUAUUUUACUUCAUAGAAGCGCAGAUGAAGAAAUUGGAAACGGUCCAGAAUAAAUUAAAGGAUUUCAAAGUGAUUGUAGGAGAAAUUUUAAACAACGGAUGCCAUGGUGCUUUACUAUCCAAAGGCUUUGUCGUUGACGAAACCGUUUUGGAAGAUAAAAAAAGUCGAUCGAAAGGAGCAAAACUGUCAUACAUUGAGCAAGCAAAAAAGAAAAAAUUUUGUAUUCGGCUUACAUGUUUCUUAAUAUUGGCCGAUUAUUUAAUGAUAAAUAUGCUCCACCAUUUACUCGUGAGUUCAGUGGAAGCUUUUCUAAAUAUGUUAAAAAUGCAUAUGAAAUUCCUGCCAAGUGAUGAGACUCUCGAAUCCAUGGACACGUCUGCAAUUAUGGAAACUGGCAGACCACGAGAGUAUCCACAGAAUCCUUUGGUGUUGCUGGACAUCACGGUUUCCGCCGACGAAAUAGGUCUUGAUCCUCCCCAACAAAUAACCAACUAUAUUUUCGAUCAGUUGCUCACAUUAUGGACGGAAAGCGUGUUAAAUGUAAAAUUGUUUAUCCAGGAGAAAACGUACAAACCUUUUACCAAUCCAAUGAUCAACGGCAAAAUUGAAGACAGAUUGUGCGGCGACGGACCUCCUUUGGGUUUCUAUUUAGAAAACGACUUACACUUGCAAACUAUAAACAAGGAGAUUUUUGAAUGCAUCAAGGUAAGUUACGAUGCCGCCUUCAUUUACAUGAAAAGACUGGAAACCAUUAGGGAAUUUUAUGCGGAAGAUACACAAAAAACGAGAGAGAGCAUCGUUGAGGAAAGAAGUUUGGAGGAGAUUCGUAAAAUGUGCGUAAGAUACAACACUGAGCUCGAAACAAUUGCUAACGUUGUUAAUCAGCAGCGGCUGGGUUUGUUUUAUUUACAACAAGAAACUUUCAAGGCAGGAGUAUUACCUCAACCCAAACGACUUAUAGAAAUACUUGAGGAGGUUUUACCAAUGAUCGGAAAAGACAAAGUGGAUAAACUAGCCGAGGAAGUAGAACAGGCUAUGGAAUUUUUAAAUAAUACAGAACCGUCGAGUACUGAAGAAUAUGUCGAGUAUUUGGAGUUUUUAGAACUUGCUCCCGAAAAAGCAGACACCAUGGAAGCAGAAGUGGAUUAUUGCAAGGAAUUGUAUGAUAUAAUGGAAGAAUUUCACAUUCCUGUACCUCCCGAGGAUAUGUCGAACUAUUUAGGAUUAAGCGUCACGAUGGGCACAUUUAGAAACUCGCUCGAUAGGAAAAUAGAAGAGAAACCAAAGAUUAUGAAAAAUUUCGCAGAACAAAUGAACAAGGACAUAAGUAACCUAAUAUCUGAAGCAGGACAAAUCAAAGACAAAUGUUUGCAAGAGUGGUUGUACGAUAUAAACUCAAACAUAGAAGAAGUGUUGGCAUUUUUAAACCAACUGUAUGAAGAAUUGCAAGGUUGUAUACAGCGUGCAGGAGAAUUUAAAAAUUACCAAAAGCAAUUCAAAAUGGAAGUAACUAGAUUCGACAUGCUUGAUGAAGUAAUGAACGAUUUGAAAUUGAGAAUGCUUUUAUGGGAAAGUGUGGACACCUGGGCUAAAAUCGUAACAGAAUGGUACACUGUGGAAUUUUCUACCUUAGACGUGGACGAUAUGAACAUAACGACCGCUAAAUAUUUAAAAAACGUCGCACAAUUAGAAAAAGGCCUCCCGAAAAAUCUUAUUGUGCCGAAAUUAAAGGAAGACGUUGAAAGAAUUAAAGACAAGCUCCCUAUUGUUGGCUAUUUGAGAAACCCAACGUUAAAGCAACGACACUGGUUGAAAAUAGAAGGAGUACUAAAUCACAAAUUUAAGACGGACGAAGUUGUUACAUUGCAAUCCUUGGAAAAUUUACGUGUAUUUGAAUUUCCAAACGACCUAAUGGAAGUAUCUGCUCAAGCAAGUAGCGAAGCAGGCCUAGAAACGCUUUUAAAAAAGGUCGAAGAAGCGUGGAAGACGCUGGAAUUCAUCGUCAUUCCUCACAAAGACUCAAAAGACGUUUUCAUUUUGGGCUCGACCGAAGACGUCCAAGCAGUACUGGACGAGAGUAAUAUAAAUAUGACUACCAUAGCAAGUUCGCGCCACGUUGGUCCAAUCAAACCUCGCGUAGACGAAUGGCUAAGGUUUCUGGAUCACUUCACAAGAGUCUUGGACGAAUGGCUCAUGUGCCAGCAAAGCUGGGUUUAUUUGGAGGUAAUUUUUUCCGCACCUGAUAUCCAGAGACAAUUACCGAACGAAGCAAAAAUGUUUUUGGUCGUCGAUAAGGCCUGGAAAGAACUUAUGAGACGCACGGCUAAAAUGCCAUUAGCCAUGGAGGCCGCCACGUUCCCGGGAAUGUUGGAAACGUUGCAAAAGAACAAUGCGCUUUUGGAGCAAAUCAUGAAAUGCUUGGAAUACUAUCUGGAAACCAAAAGGGUCGCGUUCCCACGUUUCUACUUCCUAUCGAAUGACGAACUGCUAGAUAUCCUUGCUCAAACCAAAAAUCCUCACGCGGUUCAGCCACAUCUACGAAAAUGUUUUGACGCAAUUGCGAAAUUGGAAUUUGGAGUGAAGGAGGGAACGGCAGAAGGUGAAGGUCCAGUUCUUACGACCGACAUAAUGGCAAUGAUAAGUCCGGAGGGCGAACGGAUAGCGCUCGGCAAAGGCUUAAAAGCCCGAGGAAACGUGGAGGAUUGGCUCAAAAAGGUUGAGGAGUCUAUGUUUAUUUCACUGUACAAAGUAAUGAAGUUCGGCCUGAUGGAUUACCAGUUGAAAAAGAGAGAAGAAUGGGUCCUGUUGCAUCCCAAUCAAGUCGUGUUAACGAUCUCACAAGUUAUGUGGGCCAAAAGUGUUCACAAGAUCUUGGACUUUUCUAAAAACAUGGACAACGAUAUGGCCGUUUUUGAACGUAAAUGCAUUGCGGACCUCAACCGAUUGGCUGGCCUAGUGAGACUGGAUCUGGACAAGGUGGUGCGAAAAGUACUGAUUGCUUUGAUCACAAUCGACGUCCACGCCAGAGAUACCAUAUCCAGCAUGGUGAAAAAUAAAGUGAAAGGAAGCCAAGAUUUCGAAUGGCUAAAGAUGUUACGAUACUAUUGGCAAGAGGAUAUCGAUAACUGUCUGGCAAAAAUGUCCAGCGCUGUUUAUGUAUACGGCUAUGAAUACCUAGGAGCGUCGGGAGUUUUGGUAAUAACUCCAUUGACCGACCGUUGUUAUCUCUGUUUAAUGGGGGCCCUUCAAUUGGACUUAGGAGGCGCGCCUGCUGGCCCAGCAGGGACCGGCAAAACAGAAACAACGAAAGACUUAUCGAAAGCUUUGGCCAUUCAGUGUGUUGUUUUCAAUUGCUCCGAAGGUUUGGAUUAUAAAAUUAUGGGUCGAUUCUUUGCCGGUCUAGCACAAUCGGGAUCGUGGAGUUGUUUCGACGAAUUCAAUCGCAUCGAUAUCGAAGUCCUAUCGGUCAUUGCUCAACAAAUUAUUACAAUUCGUAACGCCAAAGCUGCGAAACUGAAGAGGUUCAUGUUCGAAGGGAGGGAAAUAAAACUGGUUCAGACGUGCGCAACUUUUAUCACAAUGAAUCCCGGCUACGCCGGACGUACUGAACUACCGGACAACUUGAAAGCUCUGUUUAGACCGAUUUCAAUGAUGGUUCCAGAUUACGCUCUAAUAGCAGAAGUGACUCUAUAUUCAGAAGGGUUUGAGUCGUCGAAAAUUCUCGCUCACAAGAUGGUUCAAAUGUACAAGCUGUGUAGCGAACAGUUGUCCUUGCAGGAUCAUUACGAUUUCGGUAUGAGAGCGGUGAAAAGCGUUCUGGUUAUGGCAGGAUCGUUAAAACGGGCAUCUCCGGACCGCAACGAAGACGUUGUACUUAUCUGUGCAUUAAGAGACAGCAAUUUACCAAAAUUUCUGUCAGACGAUGCGAUACUAUUUCAAGGUAUUCUCAGCGACCUUUUCCCCGGAGUCGAAUUGCCCGUUGCCGAUUACGGAGCGUUCGAAGAAACGAUUCGAGAAUGUAUGAUUCUGUUAAAAUUGCAAACUGUUGAUACGAUGAUCGUCAAGGUGAUUCAGUUAUACGAAACGAUGAUUGUAAGAUGGGGGGUAAUGUUAGUCGGACCCACGGGUGGCGGAAAGUCCAGCGUCCUUAAUACGCUCAGAUGUUCCUUAUCGAAAAUGUACGAGUACGGACACAAGAGUCCUUACUUUCAGCCGGUACGCACGUACAUAAUGAAUCCUAAAGCUGUUACCGCAGGAGAAUUAUACGGAGAGGUUAAUCCUUUCACUUUAGAAUGGAGAGACGGCUUAAUGGGAAUAAUGGUUAGGACCGCCGUUCAGUGUACGAACGAAGAUCACCAGUGGGUGAUUUGCGACGGGCCCGUCGAUGCAGUUUGGAUAGAAAAUCUAAACACCGUACUUGACGAUAACAAAAUGUUAUGCCUGGCUAAUUCCGAAAGGAUAAAGUUAACUCCUUACGUUCAUAUGGUAUUCGAAGUCAUGGAUUUGGCGCAGGCCUCGCCUGCAACAGUUAGCAGAUGCGGCAUGGUUUACAUCGAUCCUGACGAGUUAAAGUGGCUUCCUUACGUGAAAUCCUGGCUCCAAAAGAUCGACGACAACCUUAUCAACCCGGAGAUGAAAGAUUUUAUACUUAGUUUAUUUGAAUAUGCAAUUGAAAAAGCGUUUGUAUUUAUUAAAAAGAGUUGCGGAAUUUCCAUGCAUCAGGUCGAAGUAAGUAAAAUAACGAUGGUGUGUAAAUUAAUGGAAAGUAUUUUUAAAACGCCUGGAGCAAUGUACAAUGUCGGAGAGAAAAGUAAAGUGAGAAACUUCCUCUGCCAAAUAUUUAUUUUUUCUUACUUGUGGGGUGUGGGUGGAAACCUAUUGGACUCUUCGAGGGAACGCUAUGAAUCUCUAUUGCGAGAUCAAUUCGACGAACAUCCCGAUGCCAGAAUACCACCUGGUAACGAUCUUUGGUCGUUGUACAUUAACAUCCAAAGUCAUCGCUUGGAGCCUUGGACAAGAGUAAUUCCUCCCUUUGAAUAUGACAAUGAAACGCCAUUCUUUGACAUGCUCGUUCCCACAAUAGACACCGUAAGAUAUGGACAUGUGAUGGAAAAAUUAGUAACAGUCGGCCAUCCCGUUUUAUACACUGGAGAUACAGGCGUUGGAAAGUCGGUGAUAGCAAAACAAGUGUUGCUCGCGCUACAAAACACGGGGAAAUUCGUUACGGCCUCUUUAAACUUUUCGGCGCAGACGAGCAGUCUUCGAACUCAGGAAAUGUUAGAGCUAAAAUUGGAACGUAAAAAGAAAACUUUAUUGGGAGCACCUGCUGGCAAGAAAAUCGUAUUAUUUGUAGACGAUGUCAACAUGCCCAAAUUGGAGACGUACGGGGCGCAACCUCCCAUUGAACUUUUAAGGCAAUUUCUAGACUACAGCGGAUUGUACGACAGGGACAAAUUGUUCUGGAAGGAAAUCCGGGACUUGGUGAUAACUGCCGCUUGUGGUCCUCCAGGUGGUGGACGGAAUCCCCUAACGCCGAGGUUCGUCAGACACUUCGGCAUGCUACUUAUACCUCCGCCAAACGAAUUCACGCUAAAAGCCAUCUUCAAGGCGAUUUUGAAAGGAUUUUUGUGGGAUUUCGCCAAUCCAGUAAGAGAUUUGGCUGACAGCAUGAUAAAUGCUGCAGUAGAAAUUUACAACCGCAUAGCAGUUGACUUACUACCAACCCCUGCCAAGUCACAUUACGUGUUCAACUUACGUGACUUAUCCAAAUGCAUUCAAGGGAUUUUACAAGCCGACCAGGGAACCCUUCGGGACGCAGCAUCCAUGUUGAGACUUUUCUAUCACGAAUGUCUCCGAACGUUCCACGACCGCCUUAUAAAUAAAGAGGACAAAUGGUAUUUUUAUUCGCUGAUGAGAGAACAGUGCGGCCGUGCAUUCGGAAAUCCGGUUCUUAAUUUACCCGAAGACAACGUUUCCGAUUUGCCGAUUCUCUUAUUCGGCGACUUCAGCCGAUUUGGUGUCGAAAAGGAGGAUCGAAUUUACGAGGAAUUUCUAGAUAUUAACAAAGUCAAAAAUGUCCUGCAGGAUUACUUGGAUGAUUAUAAUCUAACGACAUCGAAAGAAAUGAAAUUGAUCUUCUUCAUGGAUGCUAUCGAGCAUUGCUGCAGGAUAGCAAGAAUUCUGCGAGCUGAACGAGGCAAUGCUCUUCUGGUAGGAGUCGGGGGAAUGGGAAAGCAAAGUCUAACAAGACUUGCAUCGCAUGUGAACACUUACAGAUGUUCUCAAAUAGAGCUUACCCGGAAUUACGACCACACUUCGUUUUUUGAUGACUUGAGGCGAUUCUAUUUUAACGCGGGCGGAUUGAAGGAGAUUACCGUAUUCUUGUUCACGGACACCCAAAUCGUGCAAGAAGAAUUUUUAGAAGACAUUAACAAUAUUUUAAAUUCAGGAGAAGUUCCGAAUUUAUUCGAAGCUGAGGAGAUGGAAAGAGCGAUCAUUGCCUGUCGUCCGGAUGCAAAAGAAAUGGGAAUAGAAGAAGGAAAUCGCGAUGCUAUAUUUGACUUCUUUAUACAAAGAGUUAGAGCGAACUUGCAUUUGGUCCUUUGCAUGAGCCCUGUGGGAGACGCAUUCCGACGCCGUUGUCGCAUGUUUCCGUCGUUGGUAAACUGCUGCACUAUCGAUUGGUUUACAAAGUGGCCCCAAGAAGCACUACUCUCAGUCGCGAAAAAUAGUUUCAAAGACAUGGACGAAACCCUACGAGAUAAUUUGUCGUCAAUAUGCGUCACCAUACACGAGAGCGUAGAACUGAUGACAGAACGAUUUUACACUGAGGUUAGAAGACAUUAUUACACCACUCCGAGCAGUUAUUUGGACCUGCUCAAACUUUACGAAAAUAUGCUUCAAGAUCAGAAAGAUAAAAUUAGCAAGAUCAGGGACAGAGUUGCCAACGGUUUAACGAAAAUUUACGAAACAAACGAUAUGAUUGAUGUGAUGAAAGUGGAACUGACCGAAAUGGAACCGCUACUUAUUAAGCAAUCGGCGGCUGUAGCUGCUCUCAUGAAAUUUCUCGACAAAGAACAAAAAUCUGCCGAUAAAGUUAGGGAGAUAGUAAAAAGUGACGAAGCUGAAGCAAAGAUAAAAGCCGACGAAACACAAGCACUAGCAGACGAAGCCCAAGCGGACUUAAAUGUCGCUUUGCCUGCGUUAGAAGCUGCAGUCAAAGCGCUCGAAUCUUUAAACAAGAACGACAUCAAUGAGCUGAAGGUCUUCGUAAAACCGCCAUACCUGGUCAGAGUUGUGAUGGAAGCAGUUUGCUUAUUGCUUGGAGCAAAAACCGACUGGAAUUCGGCGAAACAAGUGAUGGGCGACGUGAACUUUCUCAAACGACUUCAAGACUACGAUAAGGAUCGCAUCCCCGAAUCUACGCUCAAAAAAUUGAAACAAUACGUCGAUAUGAAAGAUUUUAUUCCCGAAGAAGUGGCGAAGGUGUCGAAAGUAUGCAAAAGCAUGUGCCUAUGGGUUCGAGCUAUCGACCAGUAUGCGAAAGUUUUCAAAGUUGUCGAACCGAAACGGAAAAGGUUGAACGAAGCAGAAAAAGAACUCAAUCAGGUUAUGGGAGUGUUGAGAGAGAAGCAGAGACAAUUAGCAGACGUAGAAGCUCAAAUUGCAAAUUUGGAGGCUCAAUUUAACGCAAGUGUUGCUCAACAAAAAGCGCUGGAAGAUAGCAUAGCCCUCACGGCUUCUCGUAUUACGAACGCUGGAAGACUAAAUAUCGCCCUAGGAGACGAACAAGUUCGAUGGGAACAAAGUGUAGAGCUUUCAAAUAAGCAACUCGCUUGCAUUAUUGGAGAUGUUCUUCUCUCUGCCGCUUGCGUCGCUUAUCUGGGAGCCUUCACCAGCAAUUACCGUAAAGAACUUGUCGAUCGAUGGUUCGAAAGGUGCAAGGAUUUAAAAAUACCUUCUUCCGAAACAUACAGUUUAUUGGCGGUGCUAGCGGAUCCGUACGAAAUACGAAUGUGGAACGCGUGCGGUUUGCCACGAGACGACGUUUCGACAGAGAACGCCAUCUUGGUAACGAAAGGUAAUCGUUGGCCAUUGAUGAUUGAUCCUCAAGAGCAAGCCAACAGAUGGAUAAAACAAAUGGAACAGUCCAAACACUUGCGAGUCACGAAAUUAACAGAUCCAAACUUUAUGCGAGUUCUAGAGGCAGCCAUAAGACUGGGAAAUCCCGUGUUACUGGAGGAAGUUGGCGAAACACUCGAUCCAACAUUGGAUCCGAUCUUACUAAAGCAAACAUUUGUAACGGGCGGUCGCCUUCUUAUUCGUCUCGGAGAUUCUGAUGUCGAAUACGACACAAAUUUCAGAUUUUAUGUAACGACAAAAUUAGCCAACCCCCAUUACUUGCCCGAAAUAUGCAUCCAAGUUACCAUUGUGAAUUUUACUGUAACACCUUCUGGUCUAGAAGAUCAACUACUUGCUGACGUGGUAAGAUUGGAAAGACCUGAAUUGGAAGAACAAAGAACUGAACUUAUAAUAAGAAUAAACAGUGACAAAACGCAACUGAAGUCCAUCGAAGAUAAAAUUUUAAAACUUCUCUUUACAUCCGAAGGAAACGUAUUAGACGACGAAGAUCUUAUUGAAACUCUUAACGAGAGUAAGGAAACAUCGGCAAUCAUUGCCGCCAGACUUAUAGAAACAGAAGCAACGGAAGAGAAGAUUUCGAUUGCUCGGGAAAAAUAUCGACCGGUUGCGACAAGAGGAUCCGUGCUGUAUUUCGUAGUUGCUCAACUAGCUGAAAUCGACCCUAUGUAUCAGUAUUCUUUGAAGUACUUUACUCAGGUUUUCUGUAUGGUCAUUGAGACGAGCGAAGCCAGUUCGAAUUUGGAAUACAGACUGGAAAUCCUUUAUCGGGAAAUAACGAUUUCCGUAUACACGAACGUAUCUCGCGGCCUAUUUGAAAAACACAAGCUAGUAUUCAGUUUCAUGCUUUGCGUAGCAAUUUUCACGGAAAACGGUCAAAUUAACGACGCGCAAAUGAAUUAUUUAAUGAGAGGACCGGUGGGUGCAAGAGCUCCAACCGUUGCCAAGCCCAAUUUUCCUACUAUUACGGAGGCCAUGUGGGUCGGAGUUAAUCAUUUGGCCGACACCUUCAACUAUUUCGCUCGUUUACCUCAAGACAUUACAAACGUGAUCAAGGUCCAAAUUGGAGACUUUACGCAGGAAAUCGUUGUUGUACCGAAAACAACAUCAAAAAGUACCAUCGAGUGGAAUAAGCAAGUCCAAGACUUCGAUAAAUUAUUAAUGUUGAAAACGUUGCAAGAAGAAAAAUUGGUAUUUGCUAUAACACAAUUUGUAAAAGUAAAAAUGGGCCAAUCGUUUAUAGAAAGUCCCCAAAUAAGUUUGAAUUUACUUUUUAAAGAUACCUCCAAUAUAACACCGUUGAUAUUUAUUUUGAGCACCGGAUCUGAUCCAUUUAGUGCAUUUCAAAGAUUCGCUGCAGAGGUCGGAUUCCUAGAACGAAUUCAAUCCAUUUCAUUGGGUCAGGGGCAAGGACCUGUCGCUGAGAAGAUGAUUUCAACGGCUAAACCAAAAGGAGACUGGGUAUUUCUACAGAACUGCCAUUUGGCAACGUCGUGGAUGUUGGCAAUGGAAAAAAUUGUCCUCCAAAUAGCCGAGGACCCUUCGGCCAUUCACAGUGAAUUUAGAAUCUUUAUGAGCUCAAUGCCUUCCAAGGCGUUCCCUGUUUCAGUUCUUCAAAACUCCGUUAAAGUUACAAACGAACCGCCCAAGGGAGUACGGGCUAAUAUAAAACGAGCUUUCAGCGAAAUGACAGAUGAAUUCUUCGAAGACCACCCUUUGGACCAAGAUUGGAGAACGAUGUUGUUUGGUCUUUGCAUGUUUCAUGCAAUCAUACAAGAACGCAAGAAAUUCGGACCUCUCGGAUGGAACAUCAUUUACGAAUUUAACGAUAGCGAUCGCGAGUUUGCCUUUAACACCCUGAAAAUGUUUUGUGCCGAAGGUACCAUACCGUGGGACGCUCUCGAAUAUAUAACGGGAGAAAUAACGUAUGGAGGUCGAGUAACGGAUCAUUGGGAUCUACGUUGUUUGAAAACAAUUCUCAAAGGAUUUUUCGCGCCGCACACCCUACUGCCUAACUAUACUUAUUCAAAGUCGGGGGUGUACUACUGUCCGCAAUUCGAAAAAAUACAAGAGUACCGUGAAUUUAUCGACGAUUUACCUAUAAUCGAACCUCCAGAAAUAUUUGGAAUGCACGAAAAUGCCAAUAUCGCUUUUCAGACAAAAGAGACGCAAAGUAUCAUCAAAACACUUCAAGAUUGUCAACCGCGUUCCGGAGGAGGGACUGAAGGAAAAUCUAGCGACGAAAUUGUUUAUGACUUAGCCCAAUCGAUCAGAGAAAUUAUUAUGGACAGACUAAACCCAGACCUAGUUCACAUAAAUAUGUUUAAGAGAGAUGACAAAGGUAGACUUCCGUCUUUAACGACAGUUUUACUUCAAGAAAUAGACCGUUUCAACAAACUAUUAACUAUGCUUCAUUCGUCACUAAUUAAUUUACAAAAAGCAAUAAAAGGACUCUUGGUAAUGUCAGAUGCGCUAGAAGAAGUCUUCACAGCUUUCAUCAACAACGCCAUCCCAAAAAUGUGGUCAUCAAAGUCAUACCCGUCUUUGAAGUCUUUAGGAAGUUGGGUACACGAUCUAGAGCUGCGACUUGACUUUAUAAGUAUUUGGAUGCAGUACGGACAUCCGAAAUCCUACUGGCUCUCUGGAUUUUAUUUCACCCAGGGAUUUUUGACAGGAACUCUACAAACUCAUGCCCGAAAAUACGACGUCCCUAUUGAUCAAUUAAAAUAUAACUUUAUAGUACAAAGAGUCUACGUCGAUCAAGAAGAAAUCAAAAAAGCACACGACGAACAAGAUUACGAGGUGCGGUCGGUUUUUGGUGCUUUAACAACCCCUACAGACGGAGUAAUUAUCCAUGGAUUAUAUUUGGACGCUGGAAGAUGGGACAACCGAAACGGGAUCUUAGUGGACGCUGAACCAGGUGAAAUAAAUCCUCCAUUGCCUUCAGUUCACUUCAUGCCAGUCGUAAAACUACCGGCCAAAGACACCCGUUACGUAUGUCCUUUGUACAAAACCUCAGUGAGGGCUGGCACUUUAUCAACCACCGGACACAGCACCAACUUUGUCCUUGCAGUUUUCCUGCCAACAACUGAACUUCAAAGUUACUGGAUAUUGAAAGGCACCGCUUUACUUACUCAACUCACAGAUUAAUUACUGUUCCUCCUGCGUUUUAGUUAAUUUAAUUGUUAGUUAACAUAUUCACUUACUAUGAUAUCGACCCUCAUUCAACCUUAAAUAAAAACUCGUUUUUUC